CACAGGCUACAUGCAUCUUCAGUAUGUACAAGUCACUGCGUUUUGGAAGCUUUCUCAAGGAAAAGUAGGACAUGUGGAUUGAAAACAUGCAGAACAAGUGGACAAAAUUCUGUGGUUUUGAGCAGUGAGUUAUGCGACCAGAAAAUCUCUCAUUUUCUCUUUGUUUAACAACAGUUAUUGUUAUUAUUUUCCUGUUCAGUAGCAUGCCAUAAGCAUCAUCGUCAAAACAUGGAUGAGAUGAAUGAGAUUAUUCUUGAAGUUGAUGGACAACUCUUCCAUGUGGAGAAAUCUGUGUUGGCGGCAGAAAGUAAUUAUUUCCAAAUAAUGUUUUAUGGAGGAUUUAAAGAGAGUACUUUACGUAAAAUUCAGCUUAAAGGGGUAAGCAAGGAAUGUUUUCAGACUCUGUUAGACUUUGUAAAAAAUGGGAGUAUGGAAUUAAACCAAGAAAAUGUCACAGAUAUCCUGGAAGCAGCAAAUUUUCUAGAUUUGCGGCAAGCUAAGAAGAUAUGCAUUGCAUUUUUAGCACAAGAAUUAAAAGUGUCCAACUGCUUAGGUAUGAUGUCCUACUCAGAGCAAUAUGGAUAUAAAGAUCUUUAUAAAGCUGCUGUUAACGUUGCCAUCACUCACUUUUCUGAGCUUAUGAAUGACUAUAAAGAUGAAUUUAGUCAGGUAGAUCAGAAAACUCUAGAAGUGUUGUUGCAAACUGAUGACUUAUAUGUUCCGACUGAAGAUCUUGUGUUUGAUGCUGUUAUGAAAUGGGUCAUGAUGGAAACCAUAAGAGAGAAGAAUUUCAAGGAGCUAGUUGCACUAGUGAGACCUGCAUUCCUGAGCCUUACUUUCCUAAAUGUUCUUGUCAAGCGAAUUCAAAGAUCAAAAGGGCAAGAUACUUACUUAAGGCUUUUAGAAAAUUUGAAUAGCAACCCACCCAAUACAUGGCGCACCAUGGGUAAUGUGGUGUCAGCCGGCAGAUGGUAUGAGACCUUGUAUGCAAUUGGUGGAAAACAUGAAAAAGAAGAGCAAGAACUCUACGUCUAUUUGCCUAAAACCAAUACAUGGAGAUCCUGCCCCUCUUUACAACGGAAAAGCCUUACGCAUUAUGCAGUGGCCACAGUAGGAAACCUGGUGAUUGUGACUGGUGGAUAUUUUCGUGGAGAUUUUGUAUGGUACAGCAUAGACUGGACACUCAUUUAUGAUACUACCGAUAACUGUUGGAGAGAUGGGCCACCAAUGAAGAUUUCGCGAAACUGUCAUUGUGCAGUGGGAAUAGGGCUGCACCUUUAUGUCAUUGGUGGAAGCACAGACGAGAGUGUUGUUGCCGAUGUAGAGAGGUUGAAUCUAGCAGAGAUGACAUGGGAGACACGGAGCCCUCUCAUCAGAGCUGUUGAAAGAGCAGCAGCUGUCAGUGUUGAUGACAAACUUUACGUUAUAUGUGGCCGUGAUGAGAAUGGUGAUGUCUAUAGUGGGAUACAGAGGAUGAACACAGAGACGGAUGUGUGGGAUGUAAUCACUUAUUCUCCUAUGCCCAGGUAUGACCUGGGAGCUGCUGUACUUAAUGGGAUUCUAUACACCAUUGGUGGAAAGGCUCUCCGCUAUGAUUUUUGUACUAAAAUGUGGUCAGUAAUUGAAGAAGAAUGCCUCAACCACAAGUUCUUUAUGGGAUGCUGUUCUGCAAAUGGCCGAAUUUAUUUACUUGGACAGAGAAGAGCUAAUAUAACUAAUGAUAUUCCCAAUAUUGUCUUGUUUGAUCCAUAUCUGAAUAUUUGCCAGGUAAUAGACGUAAAGCUACCCUGUCCAUUGCCCAUAAGAGGCAGUGUGAGCAUGAGGCGCUGUGAUGUUUGGCCUUAAUAGGCAUAUCUAGUGAAAAUUGUUUUGCCAUUAGCACAUAUUAGAAAAUGACAGUGGUAUGUUUGUUUUCUCAGACCUCCACUAAUGUAAAAAAAAGGCUCUUUAGUGCUUUUGAGAGAUUUCUGUUACCAAAAAUCUAUGUAAUACAAGAUUACAGACUUCUUGAAGAGUUCAUUUAAACUGGAUUUUACCUUUAACCCAUUAAGGACGAAGGGCGUACAGGUACGUCCUUGUGUCCUGGUACUUAAAGGGGUACUACGCCCCUAGACAUCAUAUCGCCUAUCCAAAGGAUAGAGGAUAAAAUGUCUGAUUGCGGGGGUCCCACCACUGGGGACCCCGGCGAUCUCGGCUGCACCACCCCCUUCUUCAGCUGCACAGAGCAAGAUCGCUCCGUGGCUGAUGAUGGGCGAUACAGAGGCUGUAGUAUCAUAACAUUGCAGCCCCGCCCCCUUGUGACAUCACAGUGCCGCAACGUCACAAUAAUGCGCGGCUGGGGACCUCCAUGAUCAGACAUCUUA